AGAUCAGAGAAAGAACAGAGCAAAAAAACACAGAGUUUAGUUACACCAACCAAUCAAAAUGUUGCGUAUUAUCUUCCUCUUAUCCCUCCUUUUUGCUCUAUCCACGGCCUCUGUUCAAGACUUCUGUGUGGCCAACCUGAAACGCGCUGAAACCCCUGCGGGUUACCCAUGCAUACGUCCCAUUCAUGUCAAAGCCAAGGACUUCGUCUUCUCCGGCUUAGGCACUCCUGGUAACACUACCAACAUCAUCAGCGCUGCGGUCACGCCAGGUUUUGUCGCUCAGUUCCCUGGUCUGAACGGUCUAGGACUCUCUACAGCUAGACUUGACCUAGCUCCAAAAGGUGUGAUCCCAAUGCACACACACCCGGGUGCCUCUGAGGUUCUGUUUGUCCUUGACGGCGCCAUUACCGCUGGGUUUGUCUCCUCUGCCAACUCUGUCUACGUACAGACACUAAAGCCGGGACAGGUCAUGGUCUUCCCGCAGGGCUUGCUUCAUUUCCAGAUCAAUGCGGGGAAAUCAGCUGCUGCGGCUUUUGUCACUUUCAGCAGCGCUAGUCCUGGUCUACAGAUUCUUGAUUUCGCGCUAUUUGCUAACGAUCUUCCCACUGAACUCGUCUCGGGUACUACUUUCCUUGAGCCUGCUGUAGUCAAGAAGCUUAAGGGUGUUCUUGGAGGAACUGGCUAAAUCAAGACUUGACUAUAAAACAACAAGGCCUGUUUUUCUCUUCUCUUUGAUGGAUUCUUGUCUCAUUUGUUUUGUGUUCCUUGUAAUUCUUCAAAAUAUGUCAACAUUAUUACACUCUAUGCGAGUUUUUCAACUAA